AUGCCGGUCAGAUCGCAGAGUCAGCAUCGAGCUAUCGCGUCUUCCAUUGCUGUGGAUGCGCCCGGAGACCAGAUACUCGGAAAAGGUGCGAAGGCACAUGCAGACCAGCCUGUGCAUAGGAAUUCCGAUCCAACGACUGGAUCACUACAUUUCACGGGAAAUUUGGCCAUUCAUAUGGACUGCAACAUGUCUGUAAGUGAGGUGGCUCUGGGACUGGCCCUGCAGACGUUGACUCCAUUUCGGUUCUCCUGCAAUCGUAUCCUGAUGCAACGACUUCCAGAGCUUUACCUUCCACCAUACAACCUGAUCCGGCUUUUUGACCCGCUGUCGAUCACCCAGUUCGAGUUGGAGGAUCCCGCGGUCGGCUGCAGUCUGGCCGUGGUUCUGCCCUCCGUGCUCGGAUGGCUCAUCAGCCUGCGCAACCUGCGCGCCUGUUCUCUGCCGGCCUGUUUGCCGCCGCCGCCGUCAUUUGCCCACUCCAGUCCCUCGGCGUCGGGCCCCAACCCGGUCGAGGCCGUCGAGACCGUCCAGACUGUCGAGGCUGUCGAGCUCGUCGAGACCGUCGAGACGGUCGAGGCUGUGGCGCCCGUGGAGGCGAUGGAAACGACGACGCGUCCGGCCAAGAGCCCCGGAACCGGGACCGGAGUAAGUUCGACCGGCCCUGGCAACUGGCCCACGAUACAGGCCCUCUCGACGGCCUGUACCACGGCCGAGGCGGCCUGCAAGCUGCUCAACCGAGCCCUCCUUUCGCUGCGCCAUCUACAGCGACUUGGUAUUCUCAUCCAGGCUGAACUAAAGUUUUCGACCUCAUCUAGGCCUCAGCAAGACCCUCAGAGGGACUCGAACCAUGACAGUUCAGGUCAACCACUACGCCCUAUUGCCACGAGCGCUCUUGGGUCACAGGAUUGCAGUCUCUCGCCUGAAGACGUCAACUUCCUCGUCUUCCGCUGGCGUCCAUUGACCGGUCUCUACGAGCUGAACUUGUCGCGCAACAACCUCUCGCGAGUGUCUCUGCCUACGUUGGCCGGUCUUGUGAAGCAGACCUGUCUGGCGCCCGGCGGCCAUUUGGCCUGCCUCUCGCUGGCCUACACAUGCCUGCCGUACGAGACCAUCCUCCUACUCAUGGGCGUCAUGGCGGGACUGCCGGUUGGACACGAGGUAGGCAAACUGGGCCCUAGAAACCGACCUCGGAGUGGGCACCGCCUGCCAACGAGACCAGCCGUCUCCAAGGCCGUUUGCUACAGCUUCUACUUUCUUGCUCUGGCUGUAGUCUCGCAUGGAAUAACGGAUUGGGAAAUGUGGUUUGGACAGUUGUAUGGGAAAAGUUUGGCCAAAACUAGCUUUCUCCGCGGGACUGAACAACCAUGA